AUGACAGCCCACGCGGGCGAAGAGUUCAGCCCCCUGAUGCCACAUACUGCCCCAACCUCCUCCCAACGAAAACUGCAGAAAAAACGGCGACAGGAACGACAACACAGACGCUCUUCCGAGGGCCUUUCACCAGAUACUCCUGGACCCAGCAGUGACAGUGAUUAUGUAGGUUCUGAUGAGGACUUCCACGCCACCGACCUUACAGACCUUUCGGGACGACCUGCUCUGCUGCCAAUAUCCCAGGCCUCGAAUGACUUGUCCAGAACGCUCCCGACACACGAGGACGUGUAG